GAAAAACCCAGAAUUAGGUUUUACAAUCCAACGAAGACGUGGUCCUCUCUUCUCACUUUCACUAUUUGUCUCGUUCUUUCCAAAGAUCAUCAUUCUACUUCAGUAAAAGAAAAAUUCUCCGAAUCUUCUCCUUUUCUCGCUCCAUAAUAUCUAUCCGUGGCCACAAAACAAUCCCCUAUAUUUCCUCCCUCUCUCUCAGCCACAACAUCAAACACUCAAUAAUCACUUCUCUCUCUAAUAUUUUCUCUUAAGGCACUGAUCUUUCUUGCCGUCUGUAUAAAACCCAUUUGUUUUCACAUGUUAAAGACCACCAUGGACUGCUUAAUUAUCCUCUAAUCACUCAAGCCCUCAACCUUUUCUGUCUCACAAUGCAUAACCCUUCAGCAGUAGCCACCAACCAAGAACCAGGCCUUGCCUUUGAUUUUUUAUCUCAAUUGGGUGGCUUUGCUUUUAAUAAAGCAGUUCAAAGCAUAAAUUCAAAUGGGUUCUCUUUAUCUAAGUCAAACUUUCUGUUUUUUGACAGCCCAAUUGGUCAAAAAACGAGAAAGGUUAAUGCUUCAUUGAGUUUGAGUAGUAGAAGUGGUUUUAAAAGUGUUUGGAGUGAGUUUAACAGGGCUAUUAGGUUUCACUGUGAGAGAAUCCCUAUCGGGUUUGCUUCAGUUCAGGUUGGUUCAGGAGAUAAUAAUGGCAAUGAUAACAUUAGUAGUGAUAAUGGUAAUGGUAUCAAUGGAUUAAGAGAUGAUGGAUGUGGUGUUUUGGUGGAUGAUGGUGUGCCUUUGAAUGGUGUAGAAGGUGUGAGUCCUAAAAGGGUUCUCAUUUUAAUGAGUGAUACUGGUGGUGGUCAUAGAGCUUCUGCUGAGGCUAUUAAGGCUGCCUUUAAUGAAGAAUUUGGUGAUGAUUAUCAGGUGUUUGUUACUGAUUUAUGGUCAGAACAUACUCCUUGGCCGUUUAAUCAAUUGCCCAAAAGCUAUAAUUUCUUGGUGAAACAUGGAGCAUUGUGGAAAAUGACAUAUUAUGGAAGCGCACCACGUGUGAUUCAUCAAUCUAAUUUUGCUGCAACCUCAACAUUUAUAGCUCGAGAAGUUGCAAAAGGAUUGAUGAAAUACCAGCCUGACAUUAUUAUCAGUGUGCAUCCACUGAUGCAACAUGUUCCUCUUCGUGUAUUGAGGGCAAAGGGUCUUCUGCAGAAGAUAAUUUUUACCACUGUAGUCACCGAUCUAAGCACUUGUCAUCCUACAUGGUUCCAUAAGCUUGUGACAAGAUGUUAUUGCCCGUCAACAGAUGUAUCAAAGAGAGCAAUGAAAGCUGGGCUUAAGCCCUCACAGAUUAAGGUUUAUGGCCUUCCAGUUAGGCCUUCCUUUGUUAAGCCUGUUAGACCAAAGGGUGAAUUAAGAAGACAACUAGGCAUGGACGAGGAUCUUCCAGCUGUGUUAUUGAUGGGAGGAGGGGAAGGGAUGGGCCCAAUUGAGGCAACUGCACGAGCACUUGGGGAUUCAUUAUAUGAUGAGAAUCUUGAAGAGCCAAUAGGCCAAGUGCUUGUGAUAUGUGGUCGCAACAAAAAACUCACUAACAGAUUACUUUCGAUUGAUUGGAAGGUUCCAGUCCAGGUGAAGGGUUUUGUCACUAAAAUGGAGGAAUGCAUGGGUGCCUGUGACUGCAUUAUCACAAAGGCUGGACCAGGGACCAUUGCAGAAGCAAUGAUUCGAGGUCUACCCAUAAUUUUGAAUGAUUACAUUGCUGGACAAGAAGUAGGUAACGUGCCUUAUGUGGUAGAGAAUGGAUGCGGGAAAUUUUCAAAAUCACCAAAAGAGAUUGCAAAAAUAGUUGCUGAAUGGUUUGGACCAAAGGCAGAUGAACUCAGUGCCAUGUCACAAAAUGCACUGAAGCUGGCUAGACCUGAUGCUGUAUUCAAGAUUGUCCAUGAUCUCCACGAGCUGGUUAGACACAGAAAUUUUGUACCCCAGUUUUCCUGUGCAACCUGACAUUUUCACCACCUAUCAAUUUUGAUGAGUCCAGUGUGGCGUAUAGUGGGUUAGCCUAGGGCCUGUUGAACCUCCAACUGAACCCAAAAAAGAAACAUAGGUGCACCUUUUCUACUUCAUAUUAUUCGAUUGCUUUGUAUUGAUUUCAUAAAGAAAGAGUAAAAUAGCUUCGAAUUCCCCUUC